AUAACCUCGUUGCGCCGCAAAUAGACACUCGGCUUGCCAACCCCACAAAUCCUAUAAGGCGAAGACCUAUCCGGGGGAUAUUCCUCUGGCUUCCGCGAAAAAGUAAAAUAAGCGACAACUAGACAUUUCGAUAUUCUAAUUAAAUUCGACCGAGUUAAUGUAUCGUGAGACGCAAUAAUACAUAAUAGGAGGAAUAUACGCAAAAAUGGGAAAGAUGCUAAGGAAUAGUCUAAAAUGGCUACUCUCGUCUCUAGUAGUCUCUCGGGUUCAGGCUUUUUACAUUCCUGGCUGGUCGGUAAAGAGCUAUAAAGAAAACGAGCAUAUCCCCUUACUUGUCAAUAAAGUGUAUUCGGAUAAUACACAGCUCCAAUAUGCCUACUACGACCUUCCAUUCGUAUGCCCACCUACUGGUAAAAGCCAUGGUCCGGGUUUGUUGAGCGGCCAGAGCAUCUCUCUCAACCUCGGAGAAGUUCUUCGUGGCGACAGGAUCAUGACUUCGGAUAUCGAUCUUACCAUGGGCCAAGAUAAGGAAUGUAGCUUUCUCUGCAAUCAAGAAAUUACAAGACGGGAUCUAAGAAGAGCCAAGGAGUUAGUUAAAGAGGGUUACGUUGUGGAGUGGAUCGUAGAUAACCUUCCGGGAGCCACAAGCUUUGUCACAGUCGACAAGUCGCGCAAAUAUUACGCAGCGGGCUUUAAACUUGGUUUCACGGACUAUUCAUCGAGCACGGGCAAGCCUCGGUACUUUUUGAACAAUCACCACACUAUCGUUAUCCGAUACAGGAGAGCACCGGGUCGAGCGGGUGAGAAAGGCGGUAAAGUAGUAGUUGGCUUUGAGGUCUAUACCAAGAGCGUCGGUGCAAAUGUCAAGCGAGAGAAUGGGUGUCCUACAGACCUUCACGAUGUCGAAGACCACUUCGAGCUCUACAUGGCUCCAAACAAGACCACCGAAUUCCAAUCACAAUACGCGUACUCGUCCUACCACCCGGAGGCUAUCGAGGAGGGUGAUGACGAUGACACUAUCACUAUUCCAUACUCCUACUCGGUGUAUUUCCGUGAAGAUGAGUCAAUCGAGUGGAGUCGCCGUUGGGACCUAUACUUUGUUAACUCAGAGGAGGGCUCUAGAAUCCACUGGCUUGCCAUUGUCAACUCCUUGAUCAUCUGUGGCCUUCUUACCGGUAUUGUCCUUAUGAUCUUGGCCAAGACAAUUAGAUCCGACAUCAAAGGGUAUAAGGAAGGCUCUGUUGAGGAUGGUAAACUUCGAAUUAAGCGCAAGGGGAGCCGUACUCCUAAGUCCGAGAAGGCCGGGUUCGGCCUCCUUGAGAAGGAAGGAGAAGCCGAUAAGGAAAUUGACAUUUCAUCUGAAGAUGAGGCUCUAGAAGAUGUGACGGGAUGGAAGCUGCUUCAUGGGGAUGUUUUCAGGAAACCUGAGUACGGAUAUCUACUCGCCCCUCUUGUUGGAUCCGGCAUGCAACUUCUAUUUAUGGCCGUCGGCUUGGUUCUGCUAAGUGCUAUUGGUAUCUUGAAUCCUAGCUUCCGAGGAGGCUUCAUCAGUGCCGCUAUCGGUCUAUUCGUCUUCGCGGGUGUCUUCUCCGGUUAUUUCUCCGCCAGAGUGUAUAAGACCUUCGAUGGGAAGAAUUUUGUCAAGAAUGCGUUGGUUACUGCGUGUCUCUUUCCCGGUCUUCUCUUUGGAUUGGUCUUCAUUUUGAACCUCUUUGUCUGGGCUCAAGCUUCCAGCACUGCCAUACCGUUUGGAACUUUGAUCGCAAUUGUUCUUCUCUGGCUGUGCAUUCAGGUUCCGUUGGUCUAUCUUGGUUCCUGGUACGGGUUUGUCCGUACGGGCUCAUGGGAACACCCUACAAAGACAGCCAGUGUGCCUCGGCAGGUUCCAAAUCAAGCAUGGUAUGCGAAGAAUUUGCAGUCUAUAUUCCUUGCUGGUUUGGUUCCAUUCGCUGUUAUCUUCAUCGAGCUUCUCUUCGUCUUCCAAUCGUUAUGGCAGGAUAAGAGCGGCUACUACUAUGUCUUCGGCUUCCUGGCGGUGGUAUCUGUGAUCCUAAUUCUCACCAUUGCCGAAGUUACGGUCGUCACAAUCUACGUGCAGUUAUGCUCCGAGAAUUAUCACUGGUGGUGGCAGUCUUUCUUCGUGGGUGGUGGAAGCGCUAUAUGGGUGUUCCUAUACUGCGUUUGGUACUACUUUGCCAACUUACAUAUAUCGGGCUUUGUAAGCUCCUUGCUAUUCUUCGUCUAUAGCUUCAUGGCUUGUUGCGUGUACGGGCUCCUUACCGGUACUGUGGGAUUCCUGACGGCUUAUGCUUUUGUCAGGAGGAUAUAUGGUGCUAUUAAGGCGGACUAAAUAAUCAUAUUAAUCAAUGAACGAACGCGAUAACGUAAUAAUGAGUAGGAUCUAGUAAACCAUAUAUUUUCUUUUGGCGUUCGCGGUCAAUACGAAUAAUUCGAAGCCCGUAAUUUUGGCGCUAGGAAGAGACGAGGUUGGAAUAGGCGUUCUCUUGAAAGGGGGCUUCCGGCUGAC